UAUCCCGACGUUCGACGUCGGUCGGUCGGCAGUGACGAUUGUUUACACGAUGGCGUCCGGCGGUGAAAACGCGACCGAGGAACGGACGGAGGCGUCAACGCCGGCUCAACCCGUUGCCAAUGCCGUAUCCGAGACGACCCACAAAGUGAUAGGGAUGGAUAAGGAUGGCGAAUUGUCUGGUGUACCAGCAAAGAAACCUCGUGUCGAAGUGCAAUCUCUACCAACCAGACAGUAUUUAGAUCAGACCGUAGUGCCGAUAUUACUGCAAGCAUUGUCAUGUCUGGCCAAAGAGAGACCCGCCGAUCCUAUAAGUUUCCUCGCCGGUUAUUUAUUGAGAAACAAGAAUCAGUAUGACAGCGGCGGUUCGCCGCCGACUAGUCAAUGAAUGCUUCCACGUCUGUGCGUACCCGUUUUAUGGAAAUUUGAUGAACAUUUCUUCGUAAGAAAUCUCUUUUGAUUUUUUAAAUACAUAUUUAUGAUAAACAUAUAUACUUUUGUAUUUUCGUAUAUAAAAUAAAAAUGUGUUAGCUUUUUACUGUAGGGAUGACAAUGAUGCAUAAAUGUACAAAAUAUCUGAAUGAAGCAUAGUGCUGUGGGAUUGAAGUUCAAGGGGAAAAAAUAGUAAUGUAAAAUUAUCAAGAUGACAACGAUUGGGAGAAAAGAACGGGGCACACUAUAUUAUACUACUUGACUUGUCUACAAUGCUGUCGUGUUUAAUGUUGUUCGGUUAAGCGUGUCUUGUUUAAUCAUAUUGCGAUUGACUACAGUCACUCAUCAAUGCGAUCAAUGCUUGGAGUAUUUCCACUGUGUUGCGUUGAACUCUAACCAAAAAGUUUUUUACAUUAAAUUAUCCAAUUACCGAUAUGGACACUCUGUGCCUUAGUUAGGCUGCUGAUCAAUCAAUUAUGAACAAUGUAUUAUGCUUCCAAUGAGUGGUUCGCCAAAAUUGAAUCGAGUCACUACGCAUACAACUGUCCUGCGAUUAGAAACAAUAUUACGAUCGCUCUUACAAUUUUAGACGAAUUUGCGAUUGCAUUGUAGACUACGCUUUACACUAACUGUUCACAAACACGGCGCUACGUGCCUCUGACAGAACACUCAAGAUGGAUUUUUUCCAUAAUCUCUCAAGCUUCACUCCCAUGGCCUAAAAGGGUAUUUUACGCUCCGUCCAGAUAUUUUGUACGUUCAUGUUUUAGCGAG